UGUAUUAUUUACUUAUUAAAAAAUAUACUUUGUACAGUAUAAUACUGAAAAUUUGUUUUUUAAUCGUAACCUUUAAUCCAAGUGGUUAAAAAAGUAAGCUGACUAAACGUACAAGGAAAAAAUAUGACGAAACUUUUUGCUAGCUACAUGUGCAUGUAUCAUCAUUGACCAGUAAAUUAUGCAUCCACAUAUCUACGUACGACUGACAAGAUUACGUCAUUGUUUUGCACACUGCACUGGACGCUUAUAUUGAUCUCUAGAUGCGCAGCUGCUGCAGUAGAAUGCGAAAUAUCGUACCUUCUAUACGUACCUCAGUCUAGUGUUUCACGGAAGACUUCAAAAGUUUUCACUUUAUUGACAUCAUGGCUUUAUGGAUUUGGUUAAUUAUUUUAUGUGUAAUGUAUGUUGUGUGGAAAAAUGUUAAAAUGAGAUGGUACUUUAUAAAACGUGGAGUGCCUCAAUAUCCUAAGUUACCGUACCUUGGUGCUUUUGGUUCUAACUUCAUAAGCCGUCGCCACAUCAACUGCACUGUAAAAGAUUUAUACAACAUGAACAAAGAAGCCAAAUACGUCGUUUCUUAUACUUUCUUCAGUCAUAAAAUAGUUGUGCGUGAUCUCGACUUGAUAAAAUCCGUGCUUGUUAAAAACUUUGACCAUUUCGCUCAUCGUAGAACUUUUGUCAAAGAGGCAAUCGAUCCACUAACUGGUAAGAAUUUGGCUUUUUUAAAUGGCGAUAAAUGGAGAGAUGUGCGUAGUUUAUUGAGUCCAGCGUUUACGUCAAGUAAAAUGCGGACGAUGCACGUGUUGAUGUCUCAGUGUACUGAAAAAUUUGCAGAAACGUUUAUAAAACUGUUUGCCAAUGUUGAUGCUAUUGACAUUAAAGAUGUUUUCAGUCGAUUUACAACAGAUGUAAUAGCUACAUGUGCUUUUGGUAUUGAGGUCAACAGUUUGGAUAAUCCAAACGAUGAGUUUUACGUUACGGGAAAAAAGUGCUCGUUCACUAAUGGAAAAAUAAUGCUUAAGUUUUUCUUUCAAGCUAUUUUCCCCAAACUGGCUUCAAAAUUAGGCACUAGAAUCAUACCUAAAGAAGAAACUGAUUUCUUUAUUAAUAUUAUCAAAACAACGAUAAAGACAAGACAAGAGAAGGGUAUCACUCGACCGGACAUGUUGCAGCUACUAAUUGAUGCUAAAAGUAAAGUUGGGGAGGUUUCUAGUGAAGACUUGAUAGAAAUCACAGCACAAGCUUUUAUUUUCUUCCUUGGCGGUUUCGACACCACAUCUGAUUUCAUGUGCUUGAUGGCACACGAACUAGCUGUCAAUCCCGAUGCUCAGCAAAAACUUCAGUCAGAAAUAGAUAAAGUCAUGCGGGAAUGUGAUGGUAAGCCUACGUACGAAGCCAUUGGUAAUAUGAACUAUUUGGAUGCUGUUUUCUACGAAACUAUGAGAAUGCAUCCUAUCGCUUUCGUGUCGAGGGUGUGCUCUAAGGACUUUGAGUUUCCACCAGCUUUACCUGGAGCUAAACCAAUAACGAUUAAAUCUGGAACAGAAGUUUUUGCAGCUGUUGCGGCUAUCCAUAGAGACCCAGUUUAUUAUGAAAAUCCAGAUAAAUUCGAUCCUGAUAGAUAUUCAAACAAGAAAAUUAGUGGUGAUGUGGUUAAUUUGGGCUUUGGUUUAGGCCCAAGAAUGUGCAUAGGUAAUCGUUUUGCUAUACUUGAGAUUAAGACUUUGUUCAUUCAGUUAUUGUCCAAAUGUAGCCUUGAACCAUGUAAAAAAACUUGUAUACCAUUUAAACACGAUUCCAGUAAAUUUGCGGUGUAUCCAAAGGGUGGAUUUUGGUUGCAGAUGAAGUCUAGAAGUUAAUACUAAAUAUUAUCAAAUUUUAUAGCUACUGCCAAUUCUCGCUUGUUUUGCCACUUUUGCUAGUGCAACGUACGAUUCAUGCAUGUCAUUACAAAUCGUAUACACAUGAAUAUCAUUUUCGUAUGUAAUAUUAGAUUUUCAGAAACUAAACUUUUAUGACAUGCAGCACUUAAAAUUAAAGGAAUAAAUAGUAACGAAUAAUUUAUUUUUUGUGUUUCACAAUAAUGUAUUACAUUUCAUGUAACUAAAAAGUAAAGUAUUUAGUUUUUUGAUUAUUUGCAUACGAUAUUAUUUAAAAAUGAUUGAGGAUCUGCAU